CAAAGUUUAAAUUCCCGUCCUUAUUUUUAAUUCUGGACAUGUGGAGAAGUCCUUUCAGGGUUCACAGGGUGUGUUGACACAAGCGAGUCGCCAUGGCCGGUCCGGAGCUGCUGCUGGACUCCAGUAUCCGAGUCUGGGUCGUGCUGCCCAUCGUCUUCGUCACCUUCUUCGUGGGGGUCAUCCGACACUACGUCACCCAGCUGUUGCACAGUGACAAGAAAGUGGACCUGCAGCAGGUGUCCGACAGCUGUGUGCAGCCUGAAGCCAAGGUGCCCUUCCCCCUGACCCUGAGGUUCAAGCCCAUGCUGCAGCGCGGGAUCGAGCUGCUCUCGCUGGACGCUUCCUGGGUGAGCUCGGCGUCCUGGUAUUUCCUGAAUGUCUUUGGGCUGCGCAGCAUGUACAACCUGAUCCUGGGUCAUGACAAUGCUGCUGACCAGUCCCGCAUCAUGCAGGAUCACAUGACAGGAGCUGCCAUGGCGAUGCCCCCUGACCCUAACAAGGCGUUCAAGAGUGAGUGGGAGGCGCUGGAGAUCGUAGAGCACCAGUGGGCCCUGGAGACUGUGGAGGAGGAGCUGAUGUCUCGGGACCUCAACUUUGGAGGGUUCUUCAGCCGGGAGGUCAAGACCACCAUGUUCUGAGAGAGGCGGAGAAGGGUGGGGGAUAGACCGAGCUGCUCUGGAUCUGUGGUGAAUUGUCCUGUAUUAGAAACAGGGGCUUCUUAAACUGAGCCCCUGUUUCCCAGCUCCUCUUCAUCAUUGUGGCCUCAUUCUAGUCCCAGCCAGGAACGCACAGACUGCCUGGGCCUGUGAUCCGGCCAGCAUCUCGUCACGUGUUUUAAAACCUUUGCUGCUGCUGUGUCUAGUAUUUAAACAUGUGAUUUGAUACCGGAGUGCAAGGAUCAGAACGUUCACAUGUUCUACUACUCUACAAACAGUAUUCAAAUUGUAUGCCUGUAGUGUAUGUGAGUUCCCAGUACUGAGACUGGGGAAACACUAAUUUGAUUUUAAUUACCCUGAUUCCCCCUCCUCAUUAAAAGGCUUUCGUUGCAGUUUCGGUGGUCAAAACCUGCUGCCCAGCUGUCUUGCGCUGGUGUUGUGUGACGAGCGUGAGGAGUGAUGGGUCUCUGCACGUAGAGUCACCUUUCAGAGUGCUUCCUUUCUCACAUCACGCGUGCUUUGUAUUUUUUUCUUGCCCUGGCUUUUUUUUAUUUGAUUUACACGAUUUCAACACUUGAUGAAGCCUUACAUGACUAAAAAGCAGAUGGUUCAUCCUGAUCCUGCCCCUCUGUCUCUCUGGUGUCCGACAAAGAGUUGGUGGUCUUCGUUCCUCGCGGGCAGGAGCUGAACAGCCUCCAGACCCUCUUUAAUUCUCCAGUUCUGAUCCAGCUACUAUUCUCUCUCUUUUUGGACGAUGGUCCAAGAAGGAACAACAUGAAUGAAAAAAGAUAAGAGGUGCUGCCAGAAAUAAACCACACACAGGAAAGGGGAGCAGAUAGACUAAGAAAAGAGAAGCAGAUUUUGUAGGUGAAUGUCUGGCAAAUCUCGCGCAGGUUUUGCAUUAACAAAACAUGGCCUUGCCUUCCCUUCACUUAUCACAGCCUCCUUCACAAAAAGUUCUGUCUGCCAUCCAUCCAUUUUCUAUCUCCUUUAUCCAUACAGGGAUGUGGCAGAGCCGGUCUGUCCCAGUAAGGAACAGGCACACCCUGGAUUGGACACCAGUCUAUCACAGGGCAGAUGCCUAGACUCAAACUUCACACACACUUGCACCAGAACCAAUGAACCUACCAGCCUGUCUUCAGUCUGUGGGUGGAAAGCAGGGCACCUGGAAGAAUCCCAAGUGAACAUGGUGAGAACAUACAAACUCCACCCAGACAGCACCCCAGGAAUUGAACCCAGGGCCCCAGUGCUGCAAGGCAGCAGUGCUAACCAGUGUGCCACACUCUUCUCUCUUGCCUUAUAAAUAUAUUAUCAGUAGGCUUCCAAAACUUUAUUAAUGCAAUACAUGCCCUCGUUCCAGCAUGACUAGGAGAUACUUGUAGUCUCCUAAUCCUUCAUGUGAGUCAGACAUGUUCAUUUCAUACCGUAAUAAGCCGAGACCUCAGUACCGAGGAAUGCACACACAGAAUGUUAUAUUUAGACUAUGUGGUGUUUCUGAUUUCCUAUAACACUCAGAAAUUACUUCCAAGCCCACUGCAGAGAUAUUUGAGUAGACCGUAUUUAUAAAUGUAUGUAGCUUUAAAUACAGACCUAAUUUGAAUCCACUUUGUUUUUCUUUUAAGAGGGGGGCAGAGGAAGGCUUUAGAUGGUUUGUGGUUACUGCUGGAAGGGUUUGGCUGUUUCUGACCUGGGGAAGAUAUUGUAGCCUUACAGGAGAAAAGACUCUUUGUCCACUCCUCCUGCUGUGACUGGGGGGGUUCAUCUGGAGAUGAGUGUUGGGGAGGAGGUGUAAAAUCUGCCUGUUUGAGGACCCUGCCUGGUGAAUAAAAGUUUAUUUAUUGAG